UCACAGGAAUCAUGCUUUUGUAUAGCGUGAUGAGCGUGAUAUAAAAAUAAUCCUAAUUAUUUUAACUUGAUUUCAAAUUGUCAAUGUCAAGUUAUUGUCAUUUAAAUUAAACAUUUAGGAGAAGCAAAAAAGAAUUUGUUUUAUCAUUGCACUGAAUUAAUUAUAGUUUGCGUCAUUGAAAACUCUUUUAGUUUGAAUUAAAAUAUGUAGAUUUGGUGUUUUUAAUUAUGAUGAACGGUGAUCAAAGUCCUGGAAGCCCAAUAGACUUAAGCGAUCGUGAACAAGCAGUCUUAAUGGAUCCAAUUGAUCAUGUUCGUUCCCGGUAUCCGUAUUGCAUUGUCUGGACACCUAUACCAGUUCUAACAUGGAUAUUUCCCUUUCUUGGACAUAUGGGUAUAUGCAUGUCAAAUGGAGUGAUAAGAGACUUCGCCGGUCCAUAUUUUGUAUCAGAAGACCUAAUGGCUUUUGGAAAUCCAACUAAGUACUGGCAGUUAUCGCCACAGAAAGCAAAUAAUGGUCAGGCUGGAUGGGAUGCAGCAGUUGCAGAAUCUUCAGAAAUAUAUAAAAAAAGAAUGCAUAUAAUAUUCUAUGACAAUUGCCACUCUCACGUAGCCACGGCUUUGAACAUAAUGAACUAUGAUGGCUGCAAGAACUGGAAUAUGGUCAAACUCGCUCUCUAUAUGAUACCAUACUCAAAGUACGUAAGUUUUGGUGCAUUUAUGAAGACGUGGUUGCCGUUUUUCAUCAUUGUAGCAUUUAUAUGUGGCCUUGCAGCAAUAAUCUAAACUUUCUUCGGUCGCAACUCUUCUCAAGGUCUUCGGUUUUUAAAUCUUUUAUAUAAAAAUAUUUGCUGUUUAUGAAUUUGUUGGGAUAAAUGUGUGUAUGUAUUUAAAAUUAAGGGCAAAGCAAUUACAAUUAAACUUGGUAAAGUAUCAAAUGGUA